AUGAUAAUUCCGGAACCUGGUAUGUUGCUCGUGGAGCAACAGAGCACAAGUACCACUCAAUACAAACACAACUCGAAUGCGUCCAAUCUACUCGCCAUUCAUGGAACCUUCUGUGGCAUCGCUGUUCUUUCUGUUGUGUUACGGCUGUAUGUGAAGGGUGUUAUGCUCAAGAGCAUGGGAAGCGAUGACUAUACCAUCAUUGCAGCGGCAGUCCUUUCCGUCGCUGUCGUGGUCUGUUUUGCUGGAGAAAGUGCCGCUGGCGGCCUGGGCAGACAUCCGGCUUUGGUUUCAUUGCCUGACUGGGAAAACUUCCUUCAUUGGCGAUUCUUUCAUUCCCUGAUCGUCAUGGUCGGCAUCAGUCUGGUCAAGAUAUCCAUUGCCUGCUUCCUCCGCCGAAUGGUGCCCAACAAGAAUUAUCAGCGGUUCCUGAUAGGAGCGAUCAUCUUUCUCGUUGCAUUCACUAUUUCCUGCGCUGGCACACUAAUCUUCAACUGCGGUGGUCAUGUUGACGCGAACUGGAACCUCGGACUGCGUACGGAUGGAACGGCAAAGUGCUUUUCGAAUAUAACAUUCACGAAUAUUGGUAUUUGGAACAGCAGCGUCAACAUCACCACCGAUGUCAUCUUUGCGUGUUUGCCCAUUCCUAUCGUCUGGAACCUCCAAACAAACAUGCGUACCAAGAUCACGUUGGUCUUUAUUCUCAGCUUGGGCCUGUUCGCAUGCGCUGCGAGUAUCGUGAAGACUGUUUAUCAGGCUCACGCUCUGCUGGAUCCGGACUGGACUUUCCAUGACAGCUUCUUCAUGUGGAACAAUAUUGAAUACAAUGUCGGGAUCCUGGCCGCUUCGCUACCCGCUCUACGCCCACUAUUCACCAAGCUACUUGGCGUCACUCAGAGGUUUACCUCUAGUAACAACACCCGUGGCGAAAAAUACGGUGGAUAUGAUGCCGACGGCUUAGCUUAUGGCAGAAGCAAACGUGCCUCGCAAAACCCUGCUCGAGACUACUACCACCAAUUUGAUUCCAAGCAAUCGACUGAGCUGAAUGAUCUGCGAAGGGGUGCCAGCAAACGUGCGUUUGGCGAUGACAUCAACAAAGUGCGAGGAGUUACCAGUACAAUCACUGCUGGUGAUGAUGACAGCGACAAAAUCAUGCUUGAUCAAGACUGUCAUGCCAUAGGAACUGACCAGGACUGGAACAAACCGUCGAAUCAUGGCAUCACCAAGACAACGACAGUGCAGGUUUCCACAUACUAA